GAUUCGGUUAUUGUUUUAGAUUUCGAGCGAAACGAUGCAUGUAUUGAUUUUACAAUGAUGUGUGUUUUAUUUAUUUUUCUUUCUUGCUUCGACUUUCUGCAACAGUAUCUUGUUCGAUGGGACAGUUAAUCUAGUUGGUUUAGUUGGUCUAGUUGUUAUUUAUAGAAGUUUUCAAAAGCGUCAGGAAAAACAACAAAAAAAGAGUUUUCGGAAUUUUGUUCAUCACAUCGUCAAUAUUGCAUAUCAUGGAAGCUAUGAAGACCAUAAUAAUUUCGGCAUUUCAAAGGAUUUAUACAUUUUGGGUCCUACUGAAUAAACAGUAUUUACUUCACGUUCCAAUAGUAUUGUGGACGAUGAAUUAAAAAUCAUAUAAACACGCAGCGCGUUAACUUUACCGCAGUUGGUUUCUAAUACAACGUAAGACAACUGAUUUGCUGUAAUUCGUGGAGGAUGGAGUUCGAGGACAUCGCGACCAGUAGAUUAGAUUGUCCAUCUCAAAUCCAACCACCGGAUCAAACAACGUCAAGGUUCAUCGACAGGAUUAUUCGUUUGAAAACUAGAUAUUGGAAUAGAGGAUUUUUAAUUGUUUUGCUCACGUUUAUAGGUUUAACCAUUCAAUGGCUUCAAAAUCAAUCAUUAAAGAUUAAUUUAUCGAAAUCUUAUGAAGAAAUUAAUAACGUUCAAUACAUUUUUUAUGGGAUGUGUGUCGGUUAUUUCCCGGGUGGUGUCUUAACCACCAUUUUUUCGGCUCAAAAAGUUUACGGAAUUUCGUUCAUCAUAUCGUCAAUAUUGCAUAUUAUGGAAGCAUUGAAUUACUUGAAAGCGUAUUUAUAUAUUUUCUCACUAUUUUGUAUAGGAAUGACCCUGGCCAUAGCGUCUACGGCAUAUCACAGGAUUUAUACAUUUUGGGUUCCACUUAAUAAAAAGUCUGUACGUCACGUGCCAAUAAUAUUGUGGAUGAUGGUAGUUAAUUAUAAAAUAAAAAUAAAUGUUGAUUUAAACUUGAUACGUGAACUACAAGGUAUUGUUGUGUUACCAUGGUUCGUUUUGUGGUUGAUCGUGGUCGGUGGAGAUCGUUCUCAAAGCCCGAAUCGUGGUUUUGUAUUGUUCAGGCUGUUUGGAGGUUCAAACACCACACCACUUUCUACUGGAACCAAUGUUGUUUCCUUAAGACGGCCAACCAUAUCGGACAUUCCUUGGAAGUCGAUUUGUACUUCAAUGCCCGUCAUUGCGCUUGUUUUAUCAUAUAUUUGUUAUGCUAAUUUACAUCUUUUACAUCGUUCAUAUAAUUCAUAUCAAUAUCCUUUUAAACAUGAUCAGUCCUUGAGUAAACACACAACUAUUUUGUUGUUUAUCACCUUCAUCCUGAUUGAAUUAAUUCCGGAAAUAACCAUGUGCUUUUCUGUCACCAACGUCAGAAAGAUUUUUAGUUGCUUGUAUUUCGUAUCAAUGGGAAUAAUUUAUUAUGUGGAAGCUUUUCCGGACAACAUUUUUUUGUUUUUAGAUAACAAGAAAUUUGUGCAUUUAAUUUAUAAUUUUAUGCCAUAUUUUAGUCUUUUCGGUUUCAAAAUUAACCAUUUGGAUAUCGCACCACAAUACUCUAGUGUACUUUUUGGUAUCUUUAUGACUAUAUAUUAUAUAACUUGGUUCUUUUCACCAAGUAUCUUAAAAUACAGUUUGAUUUUUGAAAAACUUAACCAAAUCCAAUUUUGUUUCCUGGUGGCGGUAAUAAAUUUAGCGGUGGCAGUAUUCUAUGUCAUUUUCGCUUCAGCAGAACUACAACCAUGGGCAGUGGAUAAACCAGUAAAAGAAAGUCAACGAAAUAUGCAAGAAGAAGUAAAUUUAACGGCUUUGUAAUAGAUUCAUAAAAUUAUGUUCGAGUUGCACACUAGCACAUUAUGCCUAUAACUUCAUGAAUUAUUCACAUUAUUUAUUGUUAAAUAAUUUUUAAAAUAUCCUAAUAUUUUUAUUUUAAAGCAAAUUAUACCUAACCAUAAACAGCCUGCACAAGUAGCAAUGUCAGGUAAUAUUAGUAACAUAAAAAAAAUUAAUUAAAUAUACAAUAAUAAAAUAUACAAAAUAAAUAAUAUACAUACAUUGUCAAGCUAAACUCAAUUUUGUAUCUCUUUUAUGUCGAUUGUUGUGAACCCCUGUCUGUAUGCUAUACGCAGUAUGAGAUAUAGUAAUAGUAUAAUAUAGUAUAGUGUGUAAGCAUAUUAAUGUGUGAACAGACAGAGUCACACGGUCUUAAGGAAUUCGCUGUGUGGACAGUUUUGAGCCCGAGCGAGCCCCUACCGUGUCUCGCUGUCUGUGUAAUAGUCAGUGUAGUCCUGGCAGACCAUCUAGCAGAGCCUCUGUUGUUUUCUUAAGUCUAAUAAUUAUUCUGUGCAACUAAAUUUCUUUUAAAAUUGAUUAUAUUAAUAAAGUAUUAGUGAUAACUCAAA